UACAAGCUGCUUCUAUACGUCAGCCAGCAGAAACAAGUUGCUGCUGCCAAGAUCCACGUUGGCUUCGUCUUUACGGUGCAGUCCAACAACUACUGCACGUUUUAUGACGACCAGCGGCAGAACUGGUCCCUGAUGUUUGAGUCGGAGGAAUCUUCUUCAGACUUCUGUCGAGAGGUGUGUUUGGCGAAGGCAAACAGCUGCAACAGUUUAGACGGCGUCGUGUCUCAGGACCUGAGACUUGGGGAAGGCCAAGCAGUGGAACACGGAGACUCUGUGGAGGUGUCCUACAAAGAAUGGAUCCUGCAAAACCACACCAUUGGACAGAUGGUUGACUCCAAUCAAGACAGCCAAAAGUUGUUGCGACUGAAAAUUGGAGCUGGAAAAGUCAUUCAGGGAUGGGAAGAAGGGAUGCUGGGGAUGAAGAAGGCAGGUUGUCGUCUCAUUGUGGUGCCACCACACUUGGCCGGUGGAACAAAGGGGCUCCAUGACGCUGUCCCGGCCAACAGUACCCUGGUUUUCCAAGCAAACAUCAAGCGGGUCAAGUUUUCCAAGGAGAACGGGUCUGAUCAGGCCAGAGCCAGUUCCAGAGGCUCUGGCGGGGUCUCUCCUGCACCCAGCAUGGACACAGUGACCCCAGAGCCAGCAGAAUCCAGCAGUGUGAUGGACUCAGGCAGACCGGAGGACGCACCUGUACGAGCGAAGUCCAACUCCCUGAACGAGCAGCUGACCCAUCCAGACGCCACCAAGGCCAAGUUGAUCUCUCGCAUGGCGAGGAUGGGCCAGCCCAUGUUGCCUUUCCUGGCGGGGGUGUCCUGUGACUCUGAGGUGGAGAGUGCCAGCACUGCAGCAACAAAGGAUCAACCUACUGCUCCGUCUCCAGUGCAGAUCUCUACUGCUGCCCCAGGUCCAACACACGUGCUGCCACAUCCAUACCCCUCUCUUCCUGCUAAUGUGCUACCUUCCCUCGCCAACUUUUCCACGCAGGUUGUGUUGCCAGGUAACAUGCGCGCUUUCCAGCCCUACACUUACGCACAAGGCUCUGUGCCUGCAACUCAGCUGCAGUCUCUGAGCCACGUUUACCAGGCACCAGCUGUCCCUCACAUAGGCACCGGUGACGUGAACUCUUUCUUGAUCACGGAGGCCCGACAGAACAACACUGAGAUCCGUCUAUCUGUCGGGAAAGUAGCAGACAAAGUGGAUCAACUUGCAUCAAAGAUAGAUGAGCUGCACAGGCAAGGGACCGUCUCCUUGGGUCUGUCUUCUAUAUCAAUGGAUUCCUGCUUGCUCAUGCAAAACAUCCAACGAAUCAUCCAGGAAAAUGAAUGUUUAAAGAAGGAAGUGUUUGAGAAGAACUCUCGUAUUGAGGACCAAAACCGCAAGAUCACUGAGCUCAUUAACCAGAGUCAAAGGCUUAUGGAACAAAGCAACAUGCUUCUGGAACAGCGCAAUGAUUCCCUCAAGUCCUCCAGUGAACACAACCAGACCAGACUGCUGCAGGCUGAACAAGACAAGGUCCGUGCUUCGUCUCACCACAUGCAUAACAUAAUGUCUGAUCAUCCAUCUUGAUCACCGACACAUGGA